CAUAUCAUUGUGUAUAAAAGACGGUGACGGGUACGAAAACGUAUCCAGUGCCUUUCUGGACUCACAGAUCUUCAAUUAAAUCAUAUCAAAAAUGAAGUUAAUGAUAGUUUUGCUGCUCGUUGUGGCUGUUGUGGGCGUGUUCGGUGAAGAUAAAAAGUCUGCUAAAGAAGAGACGAAAAAAUCCGUUGAACCAGCAACCGCUGAUAAGAAACAAGAAAAACGAGGAAUCUUUGGAGAAGGUUAUGGACAUGACUUUGGAGGUCACGAUUUCGGUGGUCAUGGUUUCGGUGGUCAUGGUUUCGGUGGUCAUCACGAAAUCAGCCUUGGUCAUGAUUUUCACGGACAAGAUUUUCAUGGACAUGACUUCGGUUCAGACCAUGGACAUCAUGGACACCAUGAGCACCACGAAAAAACUGUGACCGUUGUGAAGAAGGUCCCAGUACCAUAUCCAGUUGAAAAGCACAUUCCAGUGCCAGUGGAAAAAGUUAAGCACUACCCUGUCCAUGUUCAUGUUCCAAAGCCGUACCCAGUCGAAAAAAUUGUCCACUAUCCAGUGAAGGAAAUCGUAAAGGUUCCAGUCCAUAUUCCUGCACCUUACCCAGUGGAAAAGAUCAAGCACUACCCUGUUCAUGUUCAUGUGGAUAAUCCAGUUCCAGUCAAGGUUUACGUUCCUCAACCAUACCCAGUCGAAAAGGUUGUUCAUUAUCCAGUGAAAGUCAAUGUUCCAGCUCCAUACCCAGUUGAAAAGAAGGUACAUUAUCCAGUGAAAGUUCCAGUCCAUGUACCCCAGCCAUACCCAGUCGAAAAAAUUGUACAUUAUCCAGUCAAAGUACCAGUCGACCGUCCCGUACCAGUGCAUGUUGACAAACCAGUACCCUAUGAAGUUAUCAAGAAGGUUCCAUAUGAAGUCAUCAAGAAUGUUCCAGUUCCAGUUCAUAAGACUAUCACAAUUGUAAAGAAAGUUCCAGUUCCAUAUCCGGUUGAAAAACAUAUUCCCGUUCCGGUGGAAAAAGUGAAGCACUACCCUGUCCAUGUCCAUGUACCAAAGCCAUACCCCGUUGAAAAGGUCGUCCAUUAUAAAGUUAAGGAAGUCGUCAAAGUUCCUGUGCACAUUCCCGCACCGUAUCCAGUAGAAAAAAUAAAGCACUACCCUGUUCAUGUGCAUGUAGAUAAUCCAGUACCGGUUAAAGUUUACGUUCCUCAGCCUUAUCCCGUGGAAAAAAUCGUGAAAUAUCCCGUAAAGGUACCUGUUCCAGCGCCAUAUCCAGUUGAGAAGAAGGUACACUACCCAGUGAAAGUACCAGUCCAUGUGCCGAAACCAUACCCAGUUGAGAAAGUGGUCAAAGUUCCACAUGUUGUACAUGUUGACCGUCCAGUACCUGUUCAUGUCGACAAGCCUGUUCCAUACGAAGUCGUAAAGAAAGUACCAUACGAAGUUAUAAAGAACGUUCCAGUACCAGUCCAUGUUCACGUUGAUCGUCCAGUUCCAGUACAUGUCGACAAACCAGUACCAUACGAAGUGAAGGUGCCCGUACAUGUCCCGUACCCAGUUGAAAAGCACAUUCCCUACGCAGUUUACAAGGAUGUUCCAUACCCAGUCAAAGUGCCCGUCGAGAAUCCCGUUCCAGUCCAUCUCGAGAAACAUAUUCCUUUCCAUGUUGAGAAGAAGGUUCCGUAUCCACACAAAGAGGUCAUCCCAGUGGUACAUCACGAAGAGAAACACCAUGAAGAGCAUCAGGAACAUCAUGACUUCGGUGGUGGUGAGGAAAUACAUCAUGACUUUGGUGGCGGUGGUGAGGGACACCACGAAGAACUAUCUGGCGGCUAUGAACACCAUAACUUUGGACAUCAUUAGAAGUAGCUUCUAGAGAGUUUCUCUUUUCAUUAUUUCGUUUUAUUUUUGUUGAAUAUUUUGCUGUAUGAUCGUUUUAAGCAAAAUGUUGUUUUUAUUGUCAUAGUAAAUGGUCCCCUGGUCGAGUCGUUUUGUACAUAAGAUGAAGUUAGAGACUAAAAAAAUGAUGUAAACUGCAUUGUGAUGAGAGGAGUAUAUACAUCCUCGAUAUUUUAUAAUUAAAUUUUGUAAAGAAAA